AUGAGUAAUUACCAACUUAACAUCAAUGGGCCUCACUUCCCAGCGGGAGCACAUGUGGCUCAUUACAGUCUAGCAAACACAACUCUGAUUGGCCAGGAAGUACAACAUCGAUUCUGGGAAAAGCACUGGGGAGAGCAGUUUCCAGCCCCACCUCCACUUUACAUGUGGUGCCAGCCAGGAAGAUGUUUACAUAGUUACCCAUAUGGCUUGCCUCCCACCUUCCGUCCUGUUUAUGCACAGACUGGCUCUGACCAAUCAGAGCAUCCAGUGUUGUUACCAACACCUAGACAGGAAAAGAGCAGUGAUGCUCCAGACAAGACUUUUACAGCUAAAUCAGACAAUGCUUUGGUAGGAACUCUUCAGAAAACUAAAACAUUGACAAGAAACACAAUGACAACAUCCAAGCUAACACAAGUUUUCAAUUCUGUGGGCCAUAAGGUCAGUGUCCCAAUUCUUUUUAUGUUCCCCGUAUUUCUACAAGUCGUAUCAGGAUAAUUUUUUUCCUGACAUGUACCUUGUUAUCAACGAACAAGAAUCUGAUCAAUUUACUAGAAUGGUCACAUGGCUUAGUUUGUGAAACUUGUAUUUACUCUGAAGAUCACCAGUUGCUUUGCAUGAGAUACUUGCUCAUCACAGUUUAACCACAGCAGUCCAUCAGGUUUUUCCCUCUGCUUGAUAGUAAGUAUCUAUUAUCCAGAUUUACUUUGGGCAAAGAGAGGAGAAAUGAUAUCUCUCCUCAAAACACAAUAAUGAUACCAGCCAGGACCAAACCUUUAACUUCUUGAUGCCAACCCCAGAUUCCAAGUUACACGAUGCCUUCUUGCAAGAGUACAAUUUCCUUGUUGUCACUUAUAGGAAUCUCAACACAAAUUAAUGUCACUGCAUACCCCUUAUCUACUUAAUGUGAUCAACUCUUAGCUUCUCCUGGCAAUUCCAAUUUGAUAUCUUGCAAGCUGGUAAUGAGAACAAACAAACGUAUCUGCUAAAGGGUGUUCUUUGAGAUAAGACCAAAUUCUCCUGUGUAAGUUAAAAGGAGAUGUAUGGCAGUCAGAAGGAAGAUUUACUGUUUGAAUAUUGGGAGUCAAAGAACUAUGUAAACAAUUUCAUUGAAAGUCUGUUUGUAUAAUGAUAUCAUAUAUGAUGUAUACUGAUAUUGUAAUUAUUUUCCUUAAUCCAAAAUGCAGGCUUUGGACCCAGUGACUGAAGAUCUUAACUGGAAUAUCUUCAGCUCAGAUCUGGCUGAUGGAAUUGUUGUCAGCAUAUUGGAUAGUUUCAUCUCUGAGCUUCCUGUGCUUGAUAUAACCAUGGUACAGUCUGUAUUGCUGGAAAUUGACAAACAUUUAUCCCAAGAUGAAGCUCAAAGUCAGAAUAGUUCAAUCAAAAAAUUGGAUUACUUUAGUGACAUUGAAAGUUUGCCCUGCACAAAACAAACUUGCAGUGAUGAAAUAAGCAGCGAGGAGGCAAGGGGAUCAGGUGAAACGACUGGAAAUUCAGACAAGUUAGAAAACUGUACAACUCUAUCUGAAGCACAUGGUUUUUCAAAUAUCUGUGGAGAGGAAGGUAAUUCUUCCCAAGGCUUUCACACAAUUGGAAAGACAUUCCAGGAGGAAGAAGACAGCUGUUCUGAUGUGACCAUUGUCAAUCCAGACACAUCAAACACAAAUGAAAUUGAAACAUUAGGUAUUGAUAGCAAUUUAACAGAUGGACAAACAAAGCAGAUAGCUUGUGACAAUGACUUCAAGGAAGAACAGACUUAG